AUGAUGAAGGUUUUGCGCCUCUUGUCCUCCUCCAGGAACCAGUUCCCCACUAGAGGUGCUUUAUCAAUGCAUGCUUAUACACAUAGCACCAGCUUUUCAACUGCCAGUAAGAGUUUUUCUGUUAAAGGAACUAGUGCUCAUAAUGUAUUUGCUUCUUUUGAUAUCUUCAAAGGAAAAGCUGCACUCUCUUUGAAUCCUGUUCUCCCAACAUUCACCAAAUUGGAAUCUGGAAAUCUUGUAGUUAGUCGGCGUGGUGUUGUCAUGUUGAAGUUCACUCCUGCCAUUGGCGAGCGCAGGUAUGACUGGGAAAAGAAGCAGGUAUUUGCUUUAUCAGCAACGGAGGUUGGCUCUCUGAUAAGCUUGGGUCCCAAGGAUUCUUGUGAAUUCUUUCAUGAUCCCUCAAUGAAAUCAAGUAAUGCUGGUCAAGUAAGGAAGAGCUUGUCAAUUAAGUGUCAUGCAGAUGGCAGUGGCUACUUGGUUUCUUUGACUGUUGUGAACAACCUCCUCAAAACCAAAGAGAAUUUCGUAGUUCCUGUCACAGCUGCUGAAUUUGCGGUUAUGAAGACUGCUUGCAGUUUUGCGCUGCCCCACAUCAUGGGUUGGGAUAGGUUGAUGAGCAAUAUGCCGAGUGGUGGAGGGCAACAAUCAAAUGUAGGAGGGCAACAAUCAAAAGUGGUUCCACAACUUUUGGAUGAGUGGGAUAGAUGA